AUGGAUCAAUCAAAUGUUGGUGUCAUCAAGCAACACGUUGAGAAACCUGAGAAAUUCAAGGGAGUUGAUUUCAAACGUUGGCAACAGAAAAUGUUGUUCUAUUUGACAACUCUGAACUUGAGUCAUGUGAUUACUUCUGAGGCCCUUAAAGCUCCAGAAGAGGGAGAUAUUCCUGCAGAAAUUCUGCAGGCUGUAGAAGCCUGGACUCACAAUGAAUUUCUAUGCAGGAACUACAUUCUGAAUGCUUUAGAUGACUCUCUGUAUGAUGUUUAUUCAUCAUAUAAGAUAGGGAAAGAACUGUGGGAGUCUUUGGACAAGAAGUAUAAGUCUGAAGUGGCAAGUUCCAAGAAGUUUGUAAUUGGAAAAUUUCUGAAUUACAAGAUGAGUGACGCAAAGUCUGUUGUCAAACAAGUUGAAGAACUCCAAGUGAUUGUUCAUGAGUUAGAUAAAGAAAAUCUUGGUUUGAAAGAAGGUUUUGUGGUUGGCUCUAUAAUAGAGAAAAUGCCUUCAGAUUGGAAGGACUUUAAGAUUUAUCUGAAGCAUCUAACUGAGGACAUGAGCAUAGAUCAAUUGAUUCUCAAACUGCGUGUGGAAGAGGAUCAUCGUAGAAAUGAGAAGUAUGAUGUCUCAUCGUUGGAGGCAAAAGCCAAUGUUGUGGAAGGAGGUGACUCACACAAGGUAAGGCAUAAUCAGAAAAACAAAGGCAAAGAUUUUGCAAAGAAAGCACUCACGGCUGUGAAAGGGAAAACCUUCAAGAAAAUCAAAGGAGGUUGCUGGGUUUGUGGAAAGACAGGUCAUAGGGCAAAGGAAUGCCGCCACAAGAAGGAUCAGAAUUCUGAGAAUUCCAAUCAAGCAAACGUUGCAGAAGACAAGUUUGUUGCAGUUGUAUCUGAAGUCAAUUUAUUAACUAAUUCCAAUGACUGGUAA